AUGACCAGAAGAAAUCAGCAAGAUAAUACGACCCCAUCUACCCCUUCCCAUGAGGCAUUAGGCGGGGCAAAAGUAUCGCAGCCAGAACCUAGGGCUAAUUCUUUGAAUGUGAUAACAACUUCGGUGGAUGGCAUGUUUCUGCUCGCCCAGAUCUAUCUAAAUUCCUUGGCCGGCAAACGCUCACCCAAGGCAAUUCGAUCUGCUUUGAACGACCUUUCCUCUGACAUUGAGAAAUACGAGUCUGCAUACGAUGAUGCCAUGAAACGCAUCCAAAAAUGGACAGCUCCCUGA